UGAGUGACACUGCUGCUCCACGGUAGCUGCCGCUCCGCUCCUCCACACACACGAGAACAGAGCCGAGCAGGGCAGGGGUGGGGGGACAGACAAGACAGAAAGGACGGGCAGCGUGCUGCAAAAAGAUGUGCUCCGUGCUCUGAGAUGUGCAGUAAAUGGGAUUAAACCGCCCAGACAGCGCUUUGGAAACACUCGCAGUAGUAGUAGUAGUAGUAGUGGAGAGUAGGGGGAGCUGCGCGCAGAGCUGCAGCGCAUGUGCUCGUCAGUGUGCGCCUGGAAAAAACUUGCGCUGCUCCGUCCGUAAGAGAGCGAAAACAAGUCAAAGAAGAAGAAAACUAGCGACAGUUGCAGCCACCAACAAAACCCUCGUUCAGGUUUUUCCACCUUCGGGACUGUGAGGAGCAGCAGCAGUCCACACCGACCUCUGGCUCUCCUCUCACAUGCUGAUGGGGGAGAGAGGGAGGGGAGCGGAGCCGGGGGAUGUUUGAAUCACCUCGAUAAACUUGCAGCAAAACAAGACAAAUAAAAGAAGAAGUGUUUGAUUUUUUUUGAUAGAGGAGACACCAUGGAGAGCCAAGUGGGUGAGCCCCACAGCUACGAGGACGUGCGGAGGAGCGGCUACCUCCGCAAGCAGAAGUCCAUGCACCGGCGCUACUUCGUGCUCCGCGCCGCCUCGGAGCGCGGUCCGGCCCGGCUGGAGUACUACGAGAGCGAGAAGAAAUUCCGCGGCAAGGCCCCCGUCCCGAAGAAAGUCGUGGCGCUGGAGACCUGCUUCAACAUCAACAAGCGGGCCGACUCCAAGAACAAGCACAUGAUCGUGCUGUACACCCGGGCCGAGAGCUUCGCCAUCGCCGCGGAGAACGAGGCGGACCAGGACGAGUGGUACCAGGCCAUGGUGGACCUGCAGUGCAAAAGUAAGAAUCCUACUGACAGUGGGGCUGCGGGGGACUAUGGAGUACCUAAUCCUGGACCUGCUUUCAAAGAGGUGUGGCAGGUGAAGGUGUGGCCCAAAGGCCUGGGUCAGGCAAAGAACUUGGUUGGCAUCUACCGCCUUUGCCUGACUGACAAGACAGUCAACUUUGUAAAACUCAACUCUGAUGCUGCUGCUGUGGUGCUGCAGCUGAUGAACGUGAGACGCUGUGGCCAUUCGGAAAACUUCUUUUUUGUCGAGGUGGGACGCUCUGCCGUGACAGGCCCGGGCGAGUUCUGGAUGCAGGUGGAUGAUUCAGUGGUGGCCCAGAACAUGCAUGAAACCUUGCUAGAAGCCAUGAAGGCACUGAGUGAGGAGUUCCGCCAGCGCAGCAAGUCUCAGUCGAACUCUGGCCCUGGAGGAGGUGCCACUGCUUCUAACCCUAUUAGUGUUCCCUCACGCCGCCACCACCCAAACCCUCCUCCCAGUCAGGUUGGCUUCACUCGCCGUCCCAGAACUGAGCCUCCUGCAGGAGCCAACAGUGGAGCAGUCAGCAAUGCAAAUGCAUCUCCUACCCCCCGGCAUAGCUUCCCAAGGUCUCGCACUGCUAGUGAUGGGGGGAAAGGUGAGGAUGGGAUUGCAGGGACCACACCACUACAUGGCGUGAACUCCAGCCCCUCUACCAAUGGCUCCUGCUCCACCACGCCAAUUCUCAGAUCGAAGUCUGCCCGUUCAGCGCCCACCACAGCUGCUAAAACUCCUCUUGGAUUGAUGCGCUCCAUUUCCACCCCAGCACCCUCCCCAGCCCCAAGCCUCUCCUCCAGCUCUGGGCAUGGCUCUGAGUUUGGAGGUGUAACAUCUUCUGCUGGUGCUGGUCAGGGGUCUGGUGCCUACAGUCGGGUGCCCUCUCAUCGUGCCUCUGUCUCGGGCUCACCUAGUGACUAUGGCUCGUCAGACGAGUAUGGUUCUAGUCCUGGGGAUCACACUCUCCUCCCCUCCCCGAGCCUCCCUGGAAGCUCAGUUGGUAGUGCCGGCAGCCAGUCUCUUGGUGAAGAUGGAGCCAACUAUAUCCUAAUGGGGCAACGUAGUGGUGGUAGCAACAGUAAUCAAGGGAGCUUGACGUCCAGCUCCCUGCCUGCGCCAGGAACACCCGCCUCUGGCUCCCAACCGCAGACCCGGAGAGUGCUCCGCCGCUCCUCCAGCCGUGAAUGUGAAGCUGAACGGAGACUGUUGAGUAAGCGGGCUUCCUUACCUCCUAUGGCUUUGGAAAGGCUGGCACCACGUCAGCGCAGAGCUGAGGAGCCAGCAGAUGAAGAUUCUGCAGAUUAUGCCAUCAUGUCGAGGAGCACCAGCCGAGAGUCUUUUACAUCCACCUGCUCUUCUACACACAGGGAAUCUGGCAUGGGUGCUGGGUCAGCAGGGGUUGGAGGAGGGUACUUGGAUGUGGCAGGAGAGUUCAAAGCUGAGGGGGGUGGAGGAGCUGGUGGAGCUGUAGAUUUAGGUGUGGACAAUGGGUACAUGUCCAUGCUGCCUGGAGUCACUCAGCCUCCAGUGUCCCUCUCCCAGUCAUUGGCCGUCUCUGUCCCUGACUCAGAUUCCAAAGCUGCUGAUGAUUACAUGGCCAUGACUCCUAAUAACAGCGUGUCUCCUCCGCAGCAGAUCCGACCUCCACCAACUUCUGAUGGCUAUAUGAUAAUGUCUCCCAAUAGCAGCUGCUCUCCUGACCAACGUGGAGGACUUUCUGGAGGGGCUUGGGUGGGCAGUGGCAGUGCAGACAGCAGAGCAGGCAGUGACUAUAUGAACAUGUCUCCAAUUAGCGCUCGUUCUGUAAAUGGCAGUCCUCCACCUCCUGAGCAUACCUGCCAUUUGGAGACCAGUUCCCAACAACAAGCACCCAAGAUGGUUUAUUCUUACUACUCUCUUCCACGGUCAUACAAACAUAACCCCUCUGCUGGACACUUUGAUGAUGGGCCUGGACGAGGCAGAAGGCCCAAUGGGAGUUGUAGUAGGGGAAUGGGUGGAGGUAGAACUAUGGGAGGGCGUCAGGAGCAACAAGCAGCAGGCAAUUCAGUGGUUGGUCGCCACCUGUCACUGUCCUCUUCCUCAUAUUCCUCCAGCUCAGCCAGCAGUGAGAGCCUCGGGGAGAGUGAAGACCGGACUACUCAGACACUAAGUAACAUGACUGGGGGAACUCAGUCCAAAGAUGUAAGCUCCAGUAAGCUCCAGCAGAGAAGGGGCUCUGGUGGGUUGUCCAAGCAGGGUAGCCACACUAGAAGCAGACCAGUGAGCUUGUUUGUUGAUGUAUCCAAGGCUAACACCCUUCCUAGGGUCCGUGAGAAUCCCCUGCCCCCAGAACCUAAGAGCCCUGGGGAGUAUGUAAGCAUAGAGUUCAAGGGGGAGAAGUGCAGCCAGACGGGGGUUGGAGGAGGGCGUGGCAGGGGUCUUAGGCAUGGCUUAUCAUUGCCUCAUGGCUCAAGCAGUCAGCAUCCUCAACACAGGCCAACGUCUUGCUUAGGUAACUUCAUACCCCUCUCCCGUAGCCCCUCUGCCCCCAUCACUCCCCCAGCUGCCUCUGAAUAUGUCAACAUGGACCUGGGCCCUUCACCCUCCCCCUCACCCCUAUCCCUUACCCCACUAGUUUUCCCUUCUUUCCACACCCCUCCCACGCCUCCUACUCUUGCCCAUGCCCCUAAAACUUGUAAUGAGGGCGCUACUGGCCCUCAUGAAGAGGAGGCUGAAGUGGCUGAGGCUUCACUUAGGAAAAACAGAGAAAACGUUCCAUCGGUGACUGAGUCUGAGUCCCCUACAUCCUGUGGCGACUACACUGAGAUGGCCUUCAGCUUGAAUAGCAACACUGUCUCUCGGUCAACAUCCAGUGUUUCCCCCAAAGUCCCGUCUCCCAGCAGUACUGAUCCUUCUGUUCCAGUGCUGUCACGGGGUCUAGACUUCCCCUUAGCCAAAUCAGGACCCAACCCAGACCAGGGGGCUAAAGUUAUCCGGGCUGACCCCCAAGGACGCAGACGGCACUGCUCAGAAACCUUCCUUGCCUCACCUUCCCUCCCCACCUCUACCUCUACUUCAUCUUCAACUGCCUCCCUCUUUCCAGAACACACCCAAGCUGUGGCCCGCCGGCUGGGCUUUGAUAGCAUGCUGUGGGGGAAUGGUGCUGUGACUGAUCCCCCCACUCAGUUUCCCCUCCCUGGACAGCAGUUGCUUCCCACAAACACUCAGACCUCAUCCACAGAGCAAGGCCUUAACUACAUAGACUUGGACUUGGCCAACAAAGAGAGCCCACAUCUGGGCCUGGAUGGGCCUUCUGGAAGUCAGGCCCCAUCUCGCCUCUUUUCUGUACUGGGUGCAGGUUCUGGAGUCGGGGGAGUGGGAGUGGGUGCAGCAGUCGGCAGCAGCAACAGCUCUAGUCUCAACACAUAUGCCAGCAUCGACUUCUACAAAUCAGAGGAGUUGCGGACACAUCAAAAUGGAAAUAAGGAGGGAACAGAGUGCUGAUGUCAGUGCAUCGUCCUUGGGGAAACAAUCUGGUACCACUCAGAGCUCCGAAGCUCCGCCUGUUCCUUCUGCGACAGCCAAUCGCAUCGAGAGAGCAGCUGGAUCGGACGCAGCCCUGAAGCACUUUGACAGAGAAUGAUGGAUUUUUUUUUUUUAUUAUUAUUAUUAUUUUUUUCUUUUGUCUCUUCGCUUUCAUCUACUUGGUUUGUGGAAACCAACAGGGAUGUGUGCCAAAUGACAUUCUUAUGACUAUUCGCUGCUCUCAUUCCUGGAGUGAAAGCCAAUCAGAGAAGGGUACAAAAAAAAAAAAAAUGGAGAACAGUGUUUUGUUGAUUUUAUUUUUCCUAAUUGAAAAACUCUAAUCACUAAAGAGUACAACGGUGGGUGACAAGUGUGUGAAAAAGAAAAUGUAUAGAAUUAUAUAUCUGCUCAAAAAGUGCCUCAUUUUCAGAUUGUAGCCAUUUUACAAAGAACUGCAAACGUAGCGUCGACUAACUAAAGCUUUGGGUUGUAAUUUUUGUGCUUGGUUUUAAUGUAGUUCCAAAAAAAAAAAAUGCAACAAAAAAUACUGAUAAGUGGGGAGCACUGGUGUGAGCUGUUGCUGCGUUCAUGUUAUAUAGGGUGGAUGUUAGAGAUAGAAGACCGCCGCAAUGAAAACGUAUUGAACUUCUAGAGUAUGCAGCAGAAGUCCGUAGACGCCUGUGCAAAAUCCAAAUAGAAAAACAUGUAUGGAUAGCACCAUAAAUCCAGUGGAUAUACCGUACUAUUGGCUGACUCCCAGUCUGUAGAAUAUUCCAGCAUAAUACUGAUCCAAUAUCACACAAGAGUUUCUAAAGGAGAAAAUAGUGUUGUCUGACUUGAAUCCAGUAGAAGUCUUUUGGGAUAUUUUAAAGAGAGAGAGCCAAAUCCACAAAACCCCUUCAGCAAAGAACAAAAAAAAAAAAAACGUCUGAGGAAUGGCAGAACAUCUGUCCAGAAAUUUGGUAUCCUCCGUGGUGAGCAGGAUUAAUUCUGUUCUUGCUGUGCGGCCUGUAUUUUUAAACUAUUUUAGUUUAGAGCAAAUUAGAAGUGGUGCGGUCAUUGCAAGGUGAUACAAUUCAUUGAUAUUGCACAGGGGUGUACUCACGGCUAUUGUAUACUGUAUAUUUUUGGACAAUAGUCAUACAAUGGAUGUAAAAAUCUCCUAACUUCGAUGCUGCCGUAAACCCUAUUUAAAAGCCAAAAACCUGUAAUGACAAUAAAUCCGAUAUGACAUGAACACAGCAUUUUAUUAUUAAUAAUAAUGGGCUUGCAAUCCGCUGGCCUCCCUUUUUACUGUGACAAAUAUUAGCAUAGCUGCUGUUAGCUAACUGCUCAUUAGUGCAUUGCAUUUCUUCUUUAAAUUUUCUUUUUCUUCUUUAAAUUUUACUUAUUUUUCAUGAGCCACAACUGAAAGUAUUAAACACACAGGCUUGAAAUAAAAAAAAAAAAGGUACUUGUAGCAGGGAAUGCAGUAACUCACUAGCUAGCUAAAGCCAGGUAGAUCAGAUUAAAAUAUUAGUAUCGUGCCAGGACGUAAAUUCAGCGUCCUGCUGACUACAGCUCAGGGUUAGAUCCCUGACAUAGAGCCAAGCAAUCCCAUUAGGGCUAUUAGUUCCAGACACUUGUGUCUCACUUAAUCCCCUUCAUCUCAGGAUGCUAAAUAACAUACAGAACAUACAGCUUAGGACAGAGACCCUAUCAAUAGCCAUUCUAAUGCUAGCUUUGUAGCGGUCAGCACACUGCGUAUAGCGCCUGAAAGGGGGUCAGUCCUCAUUUUACUUAUGUGAAUAUAAAAAAUCAAACUGCUAAUUUGUUCUCUCAGUUAUUUUAUACAGUACCAAACAUUUUUAUUUUUGUUUUUUUUACACUUUUUCAUUUUAAACUGGUUAAAUUAAAAGUGCUUUGACCCUCAAUCCUUCUUUAAGACUCUGUUUCUAUCACUUUCCCGCCCUUUUGCUUACUUUAAUCUUUGCUAUGCAUCAGCACUUAAGUGCCUGUCUGUCGUAUUUGUCGGUCUGUCUCUCUGCUCCAUUUUAGCAACUAGCACUACUACAGAUGUCCAAGCAGAAUAUAUCAAGACUAUUUUUGUGGCUAUUUUUUUGUCUCUUUUGCUGUAUAGUUCUCAUAAAUUGUUUGUUCGGUGUGGCAACGAUCUAUCAAAUGACUUGACUGACAGCCGCGGCCCUGAUCGGAGGAGUGUUGGACUGUUUCUCUUUGCCGGUAAUGGAGGACUUUAUUCGUUGCAGGGCCGUCAGUGCCAAAUACAACAACAACAACAAAAACUAAGCCUCUCUGACAGCACCUCAAGAAGCAACUUUCAGUUCUCAAGUCUGGACACAUUGCUUUGUUUUGUUUUAAAAAUGUAACCUUUUGUGUUCCCCCCGUUGUUUUCUGUCGCGGCGGGGGGGAAAGAACUGUGACACAUCGCCUCGCAGUCUGCUUAUGUGACUCUCUGAGAUAAAGGUCAUCGCGAAGACUGCCGUAUGCUUUGACCAGCGGAUUAUAAAGAAACGCACGAAGAGAAAGAAAUGGCCACCACGGAAAACAACUGCAAAAACCUAAUGUUUGAAUACAUGUGUAGUUGUGUAGCUCCAGAUUUUACCCUUGUUGGUCUGCCUGCCUUAGGAAGUUCAUGAACUUUCUCAUGCUGGUCACAUGACUUUCAGGGCCUAGAGCAUAACAAUGCAGCUUUAUUAUGAGCAGAUUGGGAUCUGCUGUUGGAAUUGCCCCUGAAAAGUGGUUACUAAUUCAGAAGUGGGAAAAAAAAAACAAAACUUCAAACCGGAUUUGACGUGUAAAUCCAAGACGUCUGCGUUCCAGCAGACUCGCAGGCAAACACGUGUUGAUGAAUUCUAAUGGUUCUAAUGUAUUUUGGGGAUGUUCUCAUGUUGUGACUCAGCCAAAACACAAAUGCUUGAAGGUACUUGUAGUUUAGAAAGAAAGCGCACAAACAGACUUUCAAUCCUAACAAGCAGACAUUAUUAUCCUGCCAUUUAGAGCCCCCUUCAAGCUCUAGCAUCUCUUUUUAUUUUGUCAAACUGCCUGCAGCCUUCUUCUUCGGCUGCCUUUGGCGACGUGUGGCGGUCACAGCCGCAUGUCAUGAGUCAAGUUUCUUUGGGAGAACUCAGGCAAACGUGUGUGGGGGGAGUUCAGCAGUUUUAAGUGGCUGUAUGAUUUCAUUCAUUGCAUUGUUAGCAAACUUAGUCGUGUUCAUAAAAUGUGCAGAAAAGUGCUGCUGCUGUUCUGAAUUGUUUUAUCUAUUCCUCCUGUUCCCUCGAGGGAUGGUACUGAAUGGGAAUAUUGUGAGGUUUUGCCAUUGAUGUAGACAGUUUUACUUAUGUGCUUGAGAAAAAAAGAGAAAAAAAAAUCUGACUAAAUGGAAAAAAAAGUCAUACAACAAAA